UAACUGGUGCUUUGCACGUGCUUGACACACCAAUGAGGCUCUUGGGAACCAGUUCAACUCCCUCUUUUUAUCCACCACUCGCAAAGAUGACUUGCAAGCGACGCAACAACGGACGCAACAAGAAGGGCCGUGGCCACGUGCGGCCCGUGCGCUGCACCAACUGUGCCCGCUGCGUGCCCAAGGACAAGGCCAUCAAGAAGUUUGUCAUCAGGAACAUUGUGGAGGCCGCGGCUGUCCGUGACAUCCAGGAUGCCAGUGUUUAUGAAGUUUACGCUUUGCCCAAGCUGUACGCCAAGCUUCACUACUGCGUGAGCUGCGCCAUUCACUCCAAGGUGGUGCGCAACAGGUCCAAGGAGGCGCGCAAGGACCGGACACCCCCUCCCCGCUUCCGCCCCGGAAUGGCUCCUGGUCAGCAGGCAAGACCGGGCGGCACUGGAGGGCGUUAACUGUGGAAUCGUUCCAAUUCGGGAGUUCAUUUUACAUGGCCUGACCCACCAACGUUGCCAUGGCACAUGCACAUCAGCAUCGGGAGGAACAGAAAAUGCACUUUCAUCGAGCAACAGACCACUUAUGACUUUUGAAAAAAUUAGAAAUGAAUCCUCUGUAUGUAAAGUACAGGCUCCUUGUGAACAGUUGUGACAAAUAAAUGCCAUCAAGAGGCUAAAUUAGACA